CGCGACGGUCGGUGGUGCAGAAACACAAAUAUCGUUCAAAAGUGCGGCUGCGGUCCUGAAGUGUUCCUUCUUGCGGCGGAGUGAAACCAAAUAAAAAAUGACGAUCGAUUCCGACACGGGGCCACCGCUGGAGCGGACACAGGAGAAGGUACGAUGUUUUUUCGACGUCAGCCUUGGCGGGCUGCCAGCCGGUCGCAUCGUGUUCGAACUGUUCCCAUCGAUCGCUCCGAAGACGUGCGACAACUUUCGGGCCCUGUGUACCGGCGAGAAAGGAAUCGGGCAGAAAACGAGCAAACCGCUGCACUAUAAGGGCAUUAUAUUUCAUCGCGUAGUGAAAGACUUUAUGAUUCAGUCGGGUGAUUUUUCCAACGGCAACGGAACGGGCGGUGAAUCUAUUUACGGUGGAACUUUCAACGAUGAAAGCUUCACCCUUAAGCACGACAAAGCAUUUUUGCUCUCGAUGGCAAACCGUGGCAAGGACACCAACGGUUCGCAGUUUUUCAUUACAACGCAACCUGCACCUCAUCUUGACAAUGUACACGUUGUUUUUGGUCACGUUGUAUCUGGCCAGGACCUAGUGCGCCAACUUGAGCAACUACCGGUCGAUCGCAACUCGCGUCCACUGCAGGAUGCGGUCGUUUCCAACUGUGGAGAGUUGAUUCGCCAGGUGAAAGAAAAGAAAGAAAAAAAGAAGAAAAAGGCAACGGCAUCGAGUGACGAAUCGGUCGACGAGUCCAGUAAGAAGCGCAAGAAGGACAAAAAGAAGAAACGCGAACGGGAAUCCUCGCCCCGGGCGGCAAGGAAAAACGACAUAGACUCGGUCGAGGAGGGCGAACUGGAGGAUGACGUUCAUCCGAUGGCAACGGUGACAAAGAUAAACCCGGACGAAAUUCCCGAAGUUUCUAACAAGUAUCUGAUGCGUGGCGACGGUAGGCGUCCGACCGGCGAGGACUACGCUGAUCGCAAGCGGGACGGCGAUCAGAGGGGUGCUCGAGAUCAAAAAGGUUUCGGUUGGUCCAAAAAGCGGGUGCCACUGUCACGAAGCGGACGCAUCAUCAAGGGAAGAGGGAAUUUUCGCUAUCGUACGCCAUCGCGGUCACGCAGCCGUUCUCGGAGCCAGACACCGAUCCACUGGCGGGCGGCCCAGAAGCGCACCAUCAAGAUGACCGAUCUGGAGAAGCUGGAAGAGGAAAAGCGGCAGCGUGAGGUGGAAAUCAAGCGCCGCGAAGCGGAACGCAAAAAGCGCCACGAAGAGCUGGCCAAGGGUGCGUCCAAAAAAUCGUUCUUCGAACUCAACCAAGAGCCAGUCUCUACGGGAGCGCCACUGACAGUCCAAAGCGAAUCGCCGAACGGUGAAGGUAACGGGACGCGCCCAGAGCGAGCCAAGUCCGAUGGGUCGGUCGAUAUGAAUGCGCUGGACUACGAGCAUCAGCCGGCCGAACAGUCGGAGGACACGGACGGGGAGGAUCAGGCCCAGACGGCAAGCAACAGGAAGAGCGAGACGCUCGCCAAGGCACUCGGUGUGGAGCCAAAGAAGAAGGCAAACGAUUCAGUCCCAGGUGGUGACGAUCGACGACGUCCGGCGGAGGACGGACGGAAUCGCAAUCACUCUCGGAGCCGUUCGCGUGAGCGAAGACGGGCACCGGAUGAACAUCGGGGACGAUCGCCGGUGCACUAUCGUGGUGGAAACCGCCGUCCACCGUUCGCUGGUGGUGGCCAGCACUUCAAUCGGUUCAAUCCUCAACGCCGGUUCAGUGGCGGCGGUGGUGGCGGAGGGGGUGGUUUCGUUGGGGGAUCGUACUAUUCGCGGCCGGCUCGUCCGCGUUUCGGAGGCAAUGAGCGACAGGAUCGCGAUCGGCGUCGAUCCAGAAGCCGUGACGAAAAACGUUCACGCCGAGAUCGUUCGAACAGUCGCUCCCGGAGCCCGGAUCGGCGUCAUCGCCGGCGGCACAGUAGCGAUUCGCAAAGUUCCGCCUCACCCGAUCGUUCGCGGCGUCAGCGUUCCGAGUCGCCGAAGGAUGCGCGCGCUUCACGGCCCGCACGUGCGUCCCACGAGAGAGGUGGCCACGGGAAGGGCUUCAAUGGGAAGGAAAAGGAGGGCGUGAAGAAAGAGAAAAGCCCGGGCUCGGUGGCAACCGCGAUCGUGGCCGCGGCCACCGCUGCCGUAGAGGCGGCUUCCCAAGCGGUGGCGGUCAGCGUGAAGAAGGAGUGCAGCAGCAUCUCGGAGGAGGAAAAAUCGCGGCUGCAGAAGGAGAAAAUGCUGAAGCGUGCCGAAACGUUGCUGCUGCUCAAGAGCCAUAUGGAGAAGGAGAUCGAAGAGCAACAGCGCAAGGCACGCGAAAAGCAGGAGCACCGUGUGAAGAUUGAACGCGGUGACGAUGGGCCGCUCGAUGUGGUCAUGGAUUUGGCGCAGCUGAAGCAACUCAAGAAGGAAACGCUCGAAAAACUCGAAGCACAGGAGGCCGCCCAGCGCAUUCUGCAGACCGUCGUUACGAAUGUCGGUGCGGUGGCUUCCGCCAGUGGCCAUAAGAAGAAGUCGAAAGCAAGCGGAAAGCGUCGCUCGUCCAGCACGUCCUCUUCGUCCUCGUCCUCGUCAUCUGCCUCUUCCUCGAGGGGGUCCUCUUCGAAGAAGGAAAAGAACCGCAAGAAGCGCAAGGAGAAGAAGCGCAAACAUCGGCGACAUUCGUCGAGCAGCUCGUCCUAGACCGUCGAAGGGUCGAUUCCUGGUCAAUUCCGUGGUUGUCCGUAUACUACCAACGUCUGCACGGUUUUCCUGUGCUGUAAUCCUGUGCUAUAUCUUCUGCCCGUCCACCAGGCAGAUGC